AUGGCAUUCCGGGCCAGGGCGGCCGUGGCGAUGGCAGGGCCCCAGCAGCCCCUGCGCUGGGCGCGGGCACUGGGCACCAGCGCGGCUGCGGCCCCCCGGGCGCCGCUGCCCUUUGAGGCCAUGCCCCGGUGCCCGGGCAGCAGGUGGCUGCGGGUGCUGCGCAUCUGGAGGGAGGGCUCGGAGGACCUGCACCUGCAGAUGCAGCAGGCCUUCCAGGAGCUGGGGCCCAUUUUCCGGUACGACGUGGGCGGGAGGCACAUGGUGUGCCUGACGCUGCCCGAGGAUGUGGAGAAGCUGAAGCAGGCGGAGGGCCGCCAGCCCCGCAGGAUGGUCCUGGAGCCCUGGCUGGCCCACCGGCAGCAGCGCGGCCACAAGCACGGCGUGUUCUUGCUGAACGGGCCGGCCUGGCGCUCUGACCGCCUGCGGCUGAACCCCGACGUGAUGUCGCCGCAGGCCGUCCAGAAGUUCGUCCCCAUGGUGGACCGGGUGGCCAGGGACUUCUGCGGGGCCCUGAUGGCCAAGGUGCAGCAGAACGCACGCGGGAGCCUGACCCUGGACGUCCAGCCCAGCAUCUUCUACUACACCCUGGAGGCCAGCAACUUGGUCCUUUUUGGAGAGCGGCUGGGCCUCCUCAGCCAGAGCCCGAGCCGAGCCAGCCUGGACUUCAUGCACGCGCUGCAGGCCAUGCUGGAGUCCACCAUGCGGCUCAUGUUCGUGCCCCGCAGCCUGUCCCGCUGGACGAGCCCCCGGGUGUGGAAGGAGCACUUCCAGGCCUGGGACUGCAUCUUCCAGUACGCCAACAGCUCCAUCAAGAAGAUCUACCAGGAGCUGGCGCUCGGGCGCCCGCAGCACUACAGCGGCGUGGUGGCCGAGCUGCUCCUGCACGCGGACAUGACGCUGGACGCCAUCAAGGCCAGCUCCAUCGACCUCACGGCCGGCAGCGUGGACACGACGGCCUACCCCUUGCUGAUGACCCUCUUCGAGCUGGCGCGCAACCCCGAGGUGCAGCAGGCCCUGCGUCAGGAGAGCCUGCAGGCCGAGGCCGCCAUCUCCGAGAACCCCCAGCGGGCCGUGGCCGAGCUGCCCCUGCUGCGGGCCGCGCUCAAGGAGACCCUGAGGCUGUACCCCGUGGGCAUCUCUGUGGACCGGCAGGUGAACUCGGACUUGGUCCUGCAGAACUACCACAUCCCGGCAGGGGUGCUGAAACACUUCCAGGUGGACACGCUCACGCAAGAGGAUAUCAAGAUGGUCUACCGUUUCGUCCUGAUGCCGUCCGUCAUCCCGCUGCUGACCUUCCGGGCCCUCAGUUAG